GCCACAUACUCAUAAUUUAGGAAUAUCCAAAAAAAAAUUCCAUGUAGGUGUAACAUAACUCAAAAAGAAAAUUCCGAAAGAAGAUUGCGAGAUUGAAAUUGAGAUCGGGCGAGAACCGAACCGGUAAAGAAGCAGUUGAAGAAAGAAGCUUUUUCAUUCAUUCUUUCAUUUGUAGUCGCAUUUUUGGUUUUAGGGUUUGAGAAUCUUCACACACUGGGAAGAAAGCAAUGUCAAAUCAUCACCGUUCUACGAGUGCUUCAUCGAAGAACGGUCUUCCUCCUCAAGAACUCCUCGACGAUCUCUGCAGCCGAUUUGUGCUGAAUGUGCCGAAGGAAGACCUUCAAUCAUUUGAAAGGAUCUUGUUUCUCGUGGAGUAUGCACAUUGGUUUUAUGAGGAUAAUUCUGUAGAAAAUAAUCCAUCUCUGAAGUCGUUAAAUCUGAAGGAGUUUACAUCUUUAUUGUUCAAUAGUUGUGAUGUUUUGAAGCCUUAUGUGGCCCAUAUAGAUGACAUCUUUAAGGACUUCACUUCCUACAAGGUUCGAGUUCCUGUAACUGGGGCAAUAAUUCUUGAUGAAACCUAUGAAAGGUGCUUGCUAGUGAAGGGAUGGAAAGGUACAAGUUGGAGUUUCCCUCGAGGAAAAAAGAGCAAAGAUGAAGAAGAUCAUGCAUGUGCCGUAAGAGAAGUCUUGGAAGAAACAGGUUUUGAUGUUUCAAAACUUCUUAACAAGGAUGAAUACCUUGAAGUUAUUUUUGGGCAACAGAGAGUGCGGCUUUAUAUUAUUGCUGGUGUGAAAGAUGAUACAGCAUUUGCCCCACUUACCAAAAAGGAGAUAAGUGAAAUUGCAUGGCAGCGCCUUGAUGAACUUCAACCAGCGGGUGAUGAAGUGAUAUCUCGGGGGAGCACUGGACUUAAGCUUUACAUGGUGGCCCCUUUUCUGGCAUCAUUGAAAUCGUGGAUUUCAACACACCCACCUCCUAUGGCUCCAAGGCAUGAUUUGCCUCUUAAAGGAAUUUGCGUGUGGAAAGCAAAGCAUAGUUCUACUGGAAGUAGUUGCAUAGUAAUGGACAUCCAGCCAGCUAAGCAUGAACCUGAGCCUGUUGCUGAGGGGCCUGGCAGGAGCUUAAGGAAUUUCAGAUUUGAUACUGCUUCAAUUUUACAAGCAAUGGGGGCUUCCUUUUCUUCUUGAAAGUUCAGCAACCUUCCUGUAAAGUAUCCCUCGACUGAAUUGACUUCCCUCAUUUCACUCCUAGUCAAAGUUGGUAGCAAUCACUGUCUAUGCUCUAAUUAGGUUUCUGUACAUGAUGUUCCCCAAGUUGUCUGGUUGAGUAAUAUGUACAUUGUUAUGUACAGGAAUUAUUUGUACCUAAAAAGUGUUAUCAGUUAGUUCGGUGUUAUUUGUAGAACUAGAUAAAUAGCCCUUGUAAAAGUUAUGAUGCUUUCAAUCAGCAUUCAUUUCAUACAAUAUUAACUCAAACUCGGUCUUUGAAUGAAACUCAUUUAGAUUGUAA